CUAAACACGGCACGUCUGACUCGGGCAGGUCCGGCGCGGCUAGCAGCUCGGGCUAAGUUGUUUUUUUUUUGUUUUCGGUAACUUCGGCUCGGGCUACUUUUAAGGGACCAUCGUCAAACUUGUAGGCGCCAGCAGAGGGAGCGUUGCGCGCGCGGCCAUUCCCUCACUGCGCCACUUUAAGUGAAAUGGGAGGCCUUGAAACCUCCGUGUUUGUAUCUUGAAAUUGCGAGCGGAGUCGAGGCUCCAUAUUGAAUCAAAGUUGCCAACUCCUUGUCAAAUGUUUUAUAACUUUCGGCCCUCGAGCGUCGGCGGGCACCCGAGCGGACAACAACACCGGGGGUGUAAUGGACGUGCUGUAGGCGACUUGUUGCGAUGUUUGCCGGAGCGCUUCGGCUCGGUUUUCGUGCACGUUAAGUUGGUUUUUAAUGCAGCGGCGGCAGCGAGGCGGCGGACAAUCUCCCGAGUUUGAAGUGUGAGGUCAGCACUCUGGACCAGACCUGGAUGUGAUGGACAAUCCGUCCUCAGUAAUCACCCAAGUCAGCCGGGAUGAAGAGGGAAAUAAAGCCGCGGGAGAGAGGGGUUCCUCUCCCUCUCUAUCCUCCAAGAAGCCCAGGAGCGGAGGCCUCUUUUCCAGCCUCCUCUGCUGCCUGUGUCGGGACCAGCCUGAACCCCCACCAGUCAACAACAAUGCCCCUCUGCUGGUCGAAGAGAACGGAACCCUCUCCAAGAUCCAGGUGAAGCCCCUGCUGCCUCCAGUGAAGUCAAAAGACUCUGGAAAGAUUUGUGUGGUUAUAGAUCUGGAUGAGACGUUAGUUCACAGCUCUUUCAAGCCAGUGAACAACGCAGAUUUCAUCAUUCCUGUGGAAAUAGAUGGAACAGUACACCAGGUGUAUGUCCUGAAGCGGCCCCAUGUCGACGAGUUCCUGAAGAGGAUGGGAGAACUGUUUGAGUGCAUCCUGUUCACCGCAAGUUUAGCCAAGUAUGCAGACCCAGUCUCUGAUCUCCUGGACAAGUGGGGCGCUUUCCGCUGUCGCCUCUUCCGGGAGUCCUGCGUCUUCCACCGAGGAAAUUACGUUAAGGACCUGAGUCGCCUGGGUCGGGACCUAAACAAGGUCAUCAUCGUGGACAACUCCCCUGCCUCCUACAUCUUCCACCCCGACAACGCAGUGCCUGUGGCUUCGUGGUUCGACGACAUGUCCGACACCGAGCUGCUGGACCUCAUCCCGUUCUUCGAGAGGCUGAGCAAAGUGGACAACGUCUACACAGUCCUCAAGCACCAGGGGACCGCAAGCUAACAGUUUUCGACUUUUCAUCGCAGCUCUGAACAAAACGGCUCACAGGACAGAAAUAUACACACCAGCGAGGCUCCAUCACCAGCUCCAGCCAUCACUGCCCACCAGAGCACAGACUGCUUCACGGCUGACAGAGCCUUCACCUUCCCAGUAUCAAAGCCAGAUCAUGUUUGUCAGUGACUUUGAGGGCUUCAUCCCUGCCACCUUCUGGUCCAACAGAAAACUACCUGAAAAUUACCUUGUUAAACCCCCCACCCCCCCAUGAACCAGCUUAUGUGAGUGAAAGGACGAAAGGAUGAAUGAAUGUUUAAGGACAUUUUUUUUGCAGUGUAACUGAACUUGCAGUAGAGUUAAUAAAGCAGAGGUCUGUAGCCAUGAAUCCAGUGGACACAGACUGUGGGUACUGGACAUAGACUUCUCUCAUGGAUUCAGCAUUCUGAUCCUGCAAACCGAAGCAGGAUUUGGUGAGCAGGAAUCAAUUGGAAAGGAAUUUUUGGAAAGGUUUAUGCGCAUAUAAACUUGAUCAGUCUUGUCAUUGAAAGAGCAGAUGGUGUAUACAUACUGUAGAUGUCUUUGUCACAGUCCCUAAUCUCGUCAAUUACCACACUAUUUGCCCGCAGUCAAAAGCAUGUGAUCCUCGGGUGUAAUUUUAGAAGUGUUAGAGCAGUGUGAUCAGGUAUUUUUGAAUAAUCAUGACAGUGUUAUGGAUGAAUCUGAUUUACAAAAAAAAAAAAGUUUGGUUAAAACCCAAUUGGGAAAUAUAAUCAGGAGUUGUUAAAUUCACUAAUAACAAAAUGAUUGGACAGCACUUUAGAAGUAUAGUCUAUAGUCAGUUUUCCCUUUCAUUGCAGUAUAGAAAAUGGUUUUAGCAAAAUUUGUAUACUAAACUCAGCUUAAAAACUGAAUAAUUAAUGAGGAUUAUGAUUUAGGAUUUUGGAUAUUUCCUUGUAUCAAAUAAAACCGGUGGAAAGAAAACGUACACCACUCUAAACUAAAAGUUUCAGUAUUGAAACAGACGAUAACUGCAGUAUUUUUUCCAAAAACCUGACACUAAUAUAAAUAUCAAACCAUCUGCACAUGACCGUGAAAGAACAGCUGCUAUGCUUAUCUGAUGUGGAUUUCCAAAGGCAGUUUAAAGAUGGAUAGCCGGCCAAAACACACUGUAUCUCCGCCUGUGUGUCAGUAGAUGUCCCGACCAGUUGAUGCCAGAGUCAAGAGGACCAGGAUCGACUUCUAAAACCAACCGAAAUCGGUCACUUUUAAUGCUGCAUCAAAACAGAGGCUCCAAUGGUGUAUGUCUGGUCUUGUUCCUUGUUUUAAAGCCACACACAAAACUUGAAUUUCUAACAGCAUCUACAGACUGUAUUUGAAUGGGUAAAGAAAGUUUCAAAAAAAAGUCAGUUUGGCUUGUCAGUUUUUCUUCUCAUAAGCUUCAAAGUACAAUUUAUUGUUUUUUGUUUUUGUUUUUGUUUUUUUAAUUAAGCGGUACACAUACGCUGGAAACAAUUUCAGGACUUUGUAAUAAAAUGUGUGUCGGGGGGGGAGGGGGCUGCCAUGGGGACUCAAGGAUAUGUGAGGUGUUGUGUCUGGUGAGCAGGCACACCUUUUGAAAACAAAAGGUGGUUUAAUUCAGUCCAGGUUUAAGGGAGAAAUCCACCCAGAAACACUUCAACACUGUUAAAUAAACAGCUAUUGCCGAUUUUUUUUUUUUUUUUUUUUUUUCUUGCACCUCUGGGUCCUCAGUUAUUUGGCGGUUGGUCGUAUACCGUUGGAUAGACAUGACGUAAUGUUUAAUAGAUGUUCAACACGAAACAGCUAAUGUCAGGUUCUGUGUUUUUCUUUUGUGUAGUUGCCAUUUCACAUACAUAUUUUGUUCAGAAAUUAUAUUUGGAGAGAGGUUUCCAAAAAUGUAUUCUGGGAAAUGUAGGUUAUCACUAACAUUAGUAGGAGUUUAUCAAAAAAUAAUUAUGAUGUGUAGCAGUGAGAGAUGGUUUGAGGGUGGAAUUGUCCUUUAAAAGCUUAAUUUUUGACAGAUGUGGAGUUUUACAUUGAGUCUGUGCUGCUUUUUUUUUUUUUUUUUCUUUUUUUUUUUUCUUUAAGCUCUAUGUGGUGUUAGUUGGUCAGUUUCUUGAGCUGGUCGGCUUUAAGGAGCAGCCCGACCUCUAGCAGGCGUUUCAGACUCUUGUUAUGUCCUUCAUACGCGUUGACAAUACCACGUGUUGACACUGAUGAAUGAAAACGGUGGAUUUGACUAAGAGCCUUGAUAGCAGGCUCGAUACUCACUGUGGCUUUACCUAGAUGGAACAGGGAUGACAGUUAAGUCCACCAUAUUAAAAGCUAUUACAUUAUUUUUCUAUAUUUAACAAAUUCUUGUCAAUCAAAUUAGCCUGUUUAAUUUCUAAAUAAUUACUGAUUUUUUUAAAAUUUUAUUUUAUUUUAUGUUCUUUGCCCAGGAAUGGUCCUCUGAUACAAUAUUUACAGUUUGUUUUCCAAAGGGGAAACACUGUUUUUUGCUGUUGUCAUGCAAGACCUGGUUGGUUACCUCAUAUAUUGAUAGGUAAUACAUGGAUCAGAAACACCAGCUAUGGACUAAAAGAAUAGUAUCUUACUGUUGUAGGCACAUAACAGGGUUAUUUUGAAAUAUGCGUUUCAUGUAAGCCAUUGUUACACUUCUCCAUUAGAUUAAAUGCUGAUACUGUUGUUUUUUUGGGAAUUCAUUGGCAGAGAGGAGUAUUUAUAGGAAUCGUCAGUUAUUUGAUUACAUACAAAACAAGUGUUGUGUCACUACGGGGCCCAUUCGCUGAUACUGUACUUCUCACACAUUCAGUAGAUAUGUAUAUUUUGUUUUGCACAGUAAUAAAGCAAACAAAUUUCAUUAAUAUAUGGAAUAUUCAUGUUACUGUACUCAUGAUUCAGUAGAUGUAACCUAAUUUUUGACCUUUGUUGUUUUAUCAUACCAAAUUAUAUAUGAACUGUAUGUAAUAAUGCCAUUUUUUUUUUCCCAUAAAUGCUAAAU